CACAGUGGUUGGAUCCGACCCGAAAUGAAGGUCGGAGCCGGGACGCCGUACAAUUUCUGUCUUGUAGUUUCUAUACAUUUCGCGAAAACCUUUUUGAAAUAUAAGAGACAAGGGAGGGAGCCAAAUUUCUGUUUGCGCACAGACAUAUGAGGCCAAACAUCGUGACUGAGGCAGGACUGCCUACCAGGUUGAGGCAAUGGUGGGAUAGCAUUCCUUUCGUUACUUCUGGAGUUGUGAUUGUCUGUGGGGCUAUCUACUUAAUCCGCCUCUUGAUUGGAUAUGAUUCCUUUUAUGAGAUAUGCUUCUUGCCUUCGGCAGUUAUAUCGAGAUUUCAAGCUUACAGGAUUUAUACAUCUAUUCUUUUUCAUGGUUCACUGCUCCAUGUUCUGUUCAACAUGUUGGCUUUGGUACCCUUGGGCUCGGAACUGGAAAGAAUCAUGGGAUCUUUCCGCUUAUUAUACAUGAUAAUUUUGUUGGCUACAACCAAUGCCAUAUUUCAUCUUCUUAUUGCAUUAGUGGUGGCCCACAAUCCCUUUCGCCCUUAUCCAUUUCUCAUAAAUGAAUGCGCGAUAGGCUUCUCUGGAAUCUUGUUUUCUAUGAUUGUUAUAGAGACAAGUUUGAGUGGAGUUCAAUCUAGGAGUGUAUUUGGGCUCUUUAGCGUUCCUGCUAAGUGGUAUGCAUGGAUCUUAUUGAUAGUGUUCCAACUUCUUAUGACAAAUGUCUCUUUACUUGGACACCUCUGUGGCAUUUUGUCUGGAUUUGCAUAUACUUAUGGCUUGUUCAACUUCCUUAUUCUUGGAACAUCCUUUUACUCUGCCAUUGAGGCCUCCUCUUUGCUUUCUACUUGUGUGAGGCGACCUAAGUUUAUCUUGUGCACUGGUGGAAAUCCUUCAGGCCACAUUCCUACGUAUUCGAGCCAAAAUACACACUCGAGUGGAUUAUUUUCUGGAGAUAUUUGGAGAAACUUACAGUCAUGGAUGCCACAGAGGGACACAUCUUCUCAGUCAACACAAGACAGUAGGUUUCCAGGGAGGGGAAGGACUCUUGCUUCCAACCUGAAUCCAAUGGUUCCUGCUGUAAAUUCAGACUCAAACCUCCAGGCGAGACUUUUAGAUAAUAGCAACCUGAAUCAUCCAUCAGAUGGAAGGCAAGCAGCUGUAGAAAAUCAAGUUGAGGGAGCUCCAGGAAUCCUUGCAGGGCAGAGGCGUGUUCUUCCAUCUGAUGAAGCAGUUCAAAAACUUGUAUCAAUGGGUUUUGAGAAGACACAGGUCGAAGUUGCACUAGCCGCUGCUGAUGGGGAUCUUAAUGUAGCAGUAGAAAUUCUUAUGAGCCAACAGGGGUAACUUGGAAAGCAGUUGCAGUUAAAACAACGGACUUUAUAGUGACAGUCCUUUAUGGACAUAACCCCGUUCAAUUUGUUGGUUCUCUCUAACUCAUGCGAUGUCUUUGAAUGUGGUUGGUCUUCUGUAUUGUGGGGCAUUUUUCACUCAAUCUAGUAGAGUAUAUACAACAGAGCUGAUGGUAUAUUGUUCAAAGAAAAGUCUUGGAUAUGUAAAACGUGUGUAAUCCUUGUGGUAACUAUAAGUGUCAAGUCUCUUGAAAAAUCCACAAGUUUAGGCUCGGACAGAAGCAUUUGUAAGUAGUUCAAAAUUUCGUGUCAUGUCUUUUUCUUUCUAGUCAUUUGAUCAA